AUGGAUACAGGGUUGUUCUCUUUCCAUCAUCAAGGUUAUAGUGAGUUUCAAGCUAGUCUCAGUGAUAUGGAGCAGGACAUUGGAAAAUUGGGAAUUCGGCUAUCGGAUAACGAUAUAGAGCCAGGCCUGCAGGAUUGUACUCUCAGUCUCAUCGGGAAAAUCAUCGGAGAUAAAAAAGCUAAUUUGGGCGAUCUUAAAACAACAAUGGCUGAAGAGGACAAGAUAAAAGUCUUAAAAGGCAAAAACUGGUCGUUCGACAACCAGUACCUGCUGCUAAAGGAGUGGAAAAAAGGACCCGACAGUGUUAAUGGAAAAAUUAUCCGACUCCAAGCAGAUAUACUGGUUCUCGAGCCAAUACCAAGAGGCACAUUCAUCAAACUGGGAGCUGAAGACCACUGGAUAGAUUUUCGCAAAGCCAAAGAUAAGGGGGCAGGGGAAGAGUCUAUUAGUGAGAGUGAUAAAGUCACAUCUCUAAAACCAAAUGCAGAGCUUAUUCCCGCAAUCCCUGUAGACAAGAUCAAUGUGUGUGAUGAUGUUGAUGAUCUCUCCAAUGCCCGUGUUAUCUCUGGAAACACACCUCCAGAGAGCAGUAAAGGCAAGUCCAUAGCAGUUGAGCCCAUGGAACUUGACUUAAGUGGGAUUCUUGAUCCUACAUUAAGUAACCUUGUUAAUGUGCCCAUUAGCCAAGCUCAAUCCCCUCAUCCAGGGGUGUCAAAACCAAAAACCUUUCACAGAAUCACCAGAAAUAGAGGAAUUAUUAUCCAUGACAAAUCUGCUAACCAAGCUAACUCCAUUAAAUCACCUGUCAUCCAAACUCCCAUUCUUAAAAGAAAACCAGAAAACACGGAAAACCUUGACACAUCAAACCCAAUAGUUGAAACCAAAAAGCCAAAGUUGUCUAAGAUCCUAACUGAAAAUGUGGUGGAGGAAACCAGCCAUAACUGGUCCCAGAAUUUUGUCUUCAUCUCUGAAGUUAAAAAGAAAAAGGCUUUUGUUAAUUCUGUUUGUAAGCAAAUUCCUUUCGUUAGUAAUUGGGAGUUUGUUGAUCCCAUAGGGGUUGGUGCUAGGAUUUGGGUUGUCUUUAUUUAUGCCAGUGUUGACCAAGGGGAGAGAAAAUCCCAAUGGGAAAUACUGAUAAGACACCACCUCAAAUGGGGGGACCUUUGGUUCAUUGGAGGUGACUUCAAUGACAUCCUCAACAAUGAGGAGAAAAGGGGUGGUUUGCUUAGGGCUGAUUCCAGCUUCCAUGAUUUUAAAAACUUCAUUCAGAUUUUGGGUUGGGGUAAAGGUCUUUACAAAUUCCAGAAAAAGCCCAGAAACGCAAAAAUGGGCCUGUUGGGAUGGUUAGUGCAAAAUCACACAAACUCUGCAAAAACUAUCCAAGCUUGUAACAAAAAACUGGAGCAAAUGGGGCUGAAAGGAGGCAGUAGAAACUGGUCAGAAUGGGUUAAGUGUAAAAAUAUAUUGCACAAGGCCUAUACAGAGGAGGAAAGCUACUGGAAACAAAAGUCCAGGCUCAGAUGGCUCAAGGAAGGUGAUAGUAAUACUAAAUUCUUCCAGGCCUGUGUAAGACAAAGAAGAUGGGGAAACUCUCUUAACAAGCUAGUGCACAGAACUGGCAGGAGAUGCAGUGACAAAUCAGAACAACUGGAAAUGAUAAUGGAUUUCUUCAUAAGCAUUUUCCAAUCUGAUGCUCCAGUUUUUAUAGAAGAAGCCCUAGCUGGCAUCAAAACUUCAAUCACACAAGAGAUGAAUUUGAAACUCACUAGACCAGUGGAUGAACAUGAAAUCAAAACAGCCUUGUGCGAUAUGGUUCCAAGCAAAUCACCAGAUGAUGCCUUGAUUUUCUGUCAAGCUGAUCACUCCCAUACUCUUACGUUGCUCAAUAUAUUGCACCUCUAUUGUUCUGUCUCUAGCCAAGCAGUGAACAUGCAUAAAUCUAAUGUCUUCUUUUCCGCUAACACCCCUGAUGAUAUCAGAGCUGUUGUUUGCCAAACUCUCCAUGGUAUUGUUCCUGCUAAAUGCUCUAAAUAUCUAGGACUUCCUCUGGGAAUAGGUAGGAACAAAAAGGACACUUUUGCCUUUGUUAUGGAGUGUGUGAGUUCUAGAAUUCAUAGCUGGAAGAAUAAGUACCUUAGUGAGGCUGGUAAGGAAAUCCUUAUCAAAACUGUCUUAAGUUCCCUGCCUGGUUAUGUGAUGUCAGUCUUUAGGUUGCCAGUGGGGGUUUGUCAAAAUAUUUGCAGGGAAUUGACUUCUUUUUGUAAAAAGCCUAGUGAUUCCUGGAUGUGGAAAGGGUGGCUAGAUGCUAGAAAAUCCCUUAGGUUAGGAAUGAGGUACCGGGUGGGUAAUGGGUGUGCUAUAGACCUUUGGGAUUAUCCUUGGAUCCCAACCAACACAAAUUUCAAACCUGUUUGUCAAUUUGCAGAUGACAGAAUGCACCUGAGCAAAGUUUCGGACUUAAUCCUUGAGUGUGUCAAGAAAUGGGACAUUGAGCUUAUUUUACAGUCCUUCAAUCCCGUUGAUGCAGCCAAUAUACUGAAGAUCCACAUCAGCCAAACAGGUUCUAAGGACAAGCUAGUGUGGCACUCUGACAAGAAAGGCUUGUUCUCUGUCAAAGAAGCCUACAAGCUUAUCCAAUAG